GCAUCCUGCAGUUUGAAGGCUGUCCACCAUUAUGGGCUGAGUCAUUCAGACAUAGUUCCCAAUCUGAAAGUCAAGAUGUUACGAUGAUUAAUAACAAAGAACAUAAACAUGACGUAACUAUGGAUGAUGCAGCUGACUUAUUGGAAUAUAACUACUGGCGGUUAUUGUGUCAUUUUUCCUCUUCACAUAAUACAGACUGAAACAAUCUGUCUGUGAUUAUGUAACUGUCAUACAGCUGAUAUCUUGCUCAAGGACACAUGAGGCUCCCAUGGUUGAAGGGUGGCCACCAAUCUCUAUCCCCACCCUGCAAUGUUACAGUGUGUUCUAUGUCUACAAUGUCAGUUGCAUUUGAAUUGCAUUGAAGACUGUCUGGGUCCCAGUAGACCCCACCACGCUACGCCCCACCAUCCUCUACACUGUAUACUAUCAGUCACUAUCAGUGUAUGCUAUCAGUUUCAUGGUGGGUUUAGGAUGUGUGAGAUAACACAUUGUGGGAACUGCCUGCAGCAUAUGGAGGGUCUCAUACAUCCAGAGAAGAACAUGGGUAUAACAUGACAGCUCAUGGUGGCACACUAUGUCCCAUGUGUGCAUGCUUGGUAAUCUAAUGUGGCUCCUCCCCUGGAUACGCAUUAUAUUAUACACCUUUAUUUACACAUGGCUCACAUUUUCGCUUGUGAAGACCCUCUAGGCAGUUAUCUCUACAGGAGUCUGCUGGGUGGCGACGCACCGUCAUGGUGAUUCAGCUCACCUGGUCUGGCUCCACCUCCCAUUUAGUUUGGGUUAUGGUUUGUUUGCACCUCAGUUAGCUGUCUUUUAAUUUCUGUAAAAUACAUUCAUUUUUAGUUAAAAUUAACGCGUAGCCUUCCCUCCGUUGUCCGACUUUGGAUUGCGACAAACUCGGGGCUCAUUCGAGACUCAAAUUAACCAUGUUGGUAAGAUAACGUUUAAUUUGUGUGGUGAUUUGGCCUGGUUCGCUCUGUGUUGCUGCUACUCCUGUGACAAUGAAUGUUUGAUCAAUAAUAGGUUGGAAUUGUGUGUUUUUUAUGUGUUUGCCAAAUUGGCUUCCACUGUGUUAGUGUUAUGCUUUAUUUGUAUUUAGGUUCAUUCUCUUAUUUUUAGUUACAACUCGUGUGGUCUCCCCUCGUUUGUCCAGCCUUGAGCUGAGUUGCGACACUAUAUUUUGAAGUAUUUUAGGACAAAUAACUGCCAUUUAUGAUCACACACGUUUGAACAAUCCCCUGGACGCAAACACAACAAAAGCCACGUGCAAAGAGAUCCUUUAAGCUCAGAUAAUUACAUGGAAUGCUUACACAAAAAAUUGCACAAAUCUACACCUCCUCCUGGAUCCACACAUUUCCUCUGUGAAGCUGUGCACUCUGUUGGACCAACACCUGUGCUCACCGUAUCUUAUGUCUCUGUUAUUCUGCCCUCAGACGACUGUUCAGGCGGCUGAAGAAAGCUCCAGACCUUUAAAUCCCAGGCCGCCAGUUCCACGGCCAGGCCGCCACAGAAAACCCAUGACGGCUCCAAAGACUCCGAAACACAAGACGUGCAACUGGAAGAAGGCGUUACUGACUAUCCUGACAGUUGUGGUGUUACUGGGCAUACUGGUCACCGCAGGAUACUUCAUUAAGGUGUUGGUUGACAGCAAAUACUUCUUCUGCAAACGCUCAGUGAGGUUCAUCCCCAUAGACCAAGCCUGUGAUGGGAAGGAUGACUGUGCUGGAGCAGAAGAUGAAAUUACUUGUGUGUCAAGCUUUACAGUCAACACUACAUUUCCAGUGCGUCUCACGUCGAGUCGGAAUGUUCUCCAGGUUUACAGUCGCGGCUCAGGCUGGCGGAGUGUCUGUAGUGACGAGUGGACAACGCAGCACACAGAGACAGCAUGUAAACAACUAGGGUACACAAAUAAACCUCAGAGCACAAAUGUCCGAGUAGAUACUUUAGUGUCAUCCCUGAAAAUCGGACCAUUCACAGCUGUCAGGUCUGGAACAGCAAGCACACCCAUACAUCAGGCUACAAUCGACCGCAGCGUAUGCAGAUCUGGAUCUGUGAUAUCAUUGUCCUGUUCUGACUGUGGACGGCUUGGGUCUUCUGAACGUAUUGUCGGGGGCACGGAUGCUUUGAUUGAAGACUGGCCCUGGCAGGUCAGCCUGCAGCAAGGCGGACAGCACACAUGUGGAGGCUCACUGGUGUCACCUCGCUGGGUAGUCACUGCCGCCCACUGCUUUUCUGGCAGUAAGAAGGCGCUGAGUCGGUGGAGAGUAGUGUCAGGUCGGACAUACAUGACCACAGUGGGAGGUUCGUACGUGGACAGGAUCAUAGUGAACGGAGACUACAAUCCAGCACAGAACGACUACGACAUUGCACUGAUGAGACUCAGCAGCCCAAUCACAGUGGGAGAGAACCGCAAGCCAGUCUGUCUCCCCCCUAAAGCUUUUGGCCUUGCUGCCGGAGCCAACAUGGCUGUGACAGGCUGGGGUUACCUCGAGGAAGAUGGUAAAGUUUCUCCCUCACUGCAAAAGGCCCAAAUCCCUCUGAUAGACCGGAGUGUGUGUUCCAGCCCCGCAGUCUACGGCAGUUCCAUAACACGAAAUAUGAUUUGUGCUGGUUUCCUAGAGGGAAAAGUGGAUGCCUGUCAGGGCGACAGUGGGGGUCCUUUAGUGCACUUGUCCUCAUCUCAGUGGAGAUUGGUGGGAGUGGUGAGUUGGGGGGUCGGCUGUGCCCGAGAGGGAAGGCCAGGGGUCUACUGCCACGUGGAAGAGAUGCUCAAUUGGAUUCAGACAGUCAUGGAGAAAAACCCUUGAUGACAUCCCACUGGGACAAACAGUCACCAAGACAGGACCAGUUGACCUCGGACAGACUGUGAAACUAACAGAAAGCUGCUUGUUUCGGUGUGGCUGCCUAACGGUGAAAACGAGAAAUGGACCGAGAGAAAGAGGAAGUUGAAAAUCUGAGCAGCAAAAGCAGAUGGAUUGUCAAACACAGCCAUAUGCAUAGACACAAACACACACGCACACAUACACACACAGACACACACAUAUACUCAUUUCAUCCAAACAUAUUUCAGGUGUUGUUUGUGCCAUUUCACAUUCUCAGGGGACAAGUAUAAUUCUAUAUGUAGAUGUCUGUCAAUGGCCAGUCUGAGGUCUUCAUUGCAGAAAACUCAAACAAACACGUUUUUUAACUUUUACAAGAUACUGCAAAGAUGUGGAUCAUAUUGGUUUGUUUUUUUGUUUUGUUUUGUUUUUUUUUUUAACAAAAAUAUCAAAAAACUGAAUAUUUUAUCUAUUUGAAUCCACUGUCACAAAGACAUCAAUUAUUAUAAAAACUGCUCUGUGAAGAUUUUAGACUUUGCCAGCCUGGGACACCCCAGACAAGUACUUGACUACUACGUGCUAUGAUUUUUUUUUUAGGUGUGCAAUUAUGAGGGUUCACAUGGUACACUGCUAUGUAAAGAAAGGUGUCAUUAGGAGUCAGUGUGAAGCCUCAGGUUUAUAUCAACACUGUCAUUAAAGCGACACCAAGUCUGGGAGCUUAUUGUAUUUAUGGUGCUGAUUUAGUUAAACAGAAUCUAUUAAGCCUGUUAAAGGGCAAAUGCACCUUUUUUCUUUUUUUUUUUUAACAGCACAGACAGUAUGCUUACUGCCUGUAACAGAAUGAUUCACAUGAGCACUUUAAGUGGAAAGUGAGAAUUACUUGACCUUACUGUAUGUGCAGGUAUUUCAAGUAACUAAAAUAAAUAAUGCACUACAUACAAAAAUGUCUACCACGCUGUUGUGAGUUAAUAGUGCAUCAACACUGAGUUUGUGUAGUUGCAGAUCAAGUGUGCCUUUGCAGUACUUACAUAGCAGCCACGAUAUUCAGAAUGGUGGAGUCUUUGCCUUAACAGCUAAAAAGAAGAAGAUAUGAAAUUUCUCCAAAAUUUUAAAGUGAAAGUAUUUUUGUUACAUUCACAGCAAGUAAAUUUGUCAAAUCUGUGCAUUCAGCCAAAAUUCUACAAUUAUUUCUUUAUUUUAAAGCCAUCCCUCCAGUUUUAGCAAAGCAUAAUAAUACAUCAACCUGCAUUUGUUUAUUUAUUAUUCUCUGAUCUACAGAAACCUACACGAAAUGCUGGAAAUAACAAAAUAAUGGUUAAAAUAUUAUGGUGGCUAAUAACAUGCGACUGUAUAUAUGGUAUGUUUUGUCGAGUUUUAUAUACUUGUAAAUAUGUCUGUGUGGAUUCUGUGUCAUCAGGAAAACCUGUAAAUAGUUUGUACAUGUAAUAAAGACAUUCUUUUAACUGGA